AUAAAAAAUUUUGACCAAGACCGGAAUUGCGUUUUCUCAUCCUUCCACAUUAUGUUCACCGCUGUUCGUUCUCUACGCUCCUCCGUCUCCAGGACUGGCCGUUAUGCGGGUAUUCCCCGGGCCAUGAUUGCGCGGAAUAUGAAUUCCAAAGUUAACGGCCCUGUCGUCGGUAUUGACUUGGGAACGACAAAUUCCUGCGUUUCCGUGAUGGAGGGCAAAGAGUCGCGAGUGAUUGAGAAUGCUGAGGGUGCUCGGACAACACCCUCCGUUGUCGCUUUCACCAAGCACGGCGAGCGUCUUGUCGGUUUACCCGCCAAGCGUCAGGCUGUCGUCAACUCUGCCAACACCGUAUUCGCGUUUAAGCGGCUAAUCGGGCGGCAGUUCAACGACAAGGAGGUCAAGGAAGACAUGAAGCACUGGCCCUUUACUGUCGUGGCCAAGCCUGAUGGCCGCCCAGCUGUGGAGGUAGAAAAUGGUGGUCAGAAGCAGCGCUUCUCUGCCGAGGAGCUGUCUUCAAUGGUGUUGUCCAAAAUGCGUGAAACUGCAGAGCAAUAUCUCAACAAAAAAGUCAACCAUGCCGUUGUCACUGUCCCUGCUUACUUCAAUGAUGCCCAACGGCAGGCUACCAAAGAUGCCGGCCAGAUCGCUGGACUAGACGUUCUUCGAGUCAUCAACGAACCCACCGCUGCUGCCCUGGCAUACGGUUUGGACCGUAGUGAAUCAUCCGUCACUGCUGUCUAUGAUCUCGGAGGAGGUACUUUCGAUAUCUCCAUCUUGGAAAAGCAAGGGGGGGUCUUUGAGGUCAAGUCAACAAACGGUGACACCCACUUGGGUGGUGAAGAUUUCGACAUCCUCCUCGUUGAUCAUAUUUUGAAGGAGUUCAAGAAGGAGUCCGGAAUUGACCUCAAUGGAGACCGUAUGGCUAUCCAACGUAUUCGUGAAGCUGCAGAGAAGGCGAAGAUCGAGCUGUCGUCAACAACACAAACGGAGAUCAACUUGCCUUUCAUCACUGCCGACGCUUCCGGUCCCAAGCAUAUCAACACCAAGCUAUUGAGAUCACAGUUCGAGAGCUUGGUCGCACCUUUGGUUCAACGCACUGUCGAGCCUUGCAAGAAGGCACUCAAUGAUGCUGGUGUCAAGGUCACUGAGAUCAACGAAGUCAUCCUCGUCGGUGGUAUGACUCGUAUGCCUCGCGUCGGUGACACCGUCAAGUCUGUGUUCGGUCGGGAGCCCAGCAAGGGUGUUAACCCCGAUGAGGCUGUGGCCAAGGGUGCCGCCAUCCAAGGUGGUGUCUUGGCUGGUAACGUUACGGACAUUCUGCUCCUGGAUGUCACUCCUCUUUCACUGGGUAUCGAGACCCUCGGUGGUAUCAUGACUAAGCUUAUCAACCGUAAUACCACAAUCCCUGCCAAAAAGUCGCAAGUCUUCUCGACCGCUGCCGACGGCCAAACGGCCAUCGAGGUCAAAAUCUACCAGGGUGAACGUGAGCUUGUCCGGGACAACAAGCUCCUCGGCAACUUCAACCUCGUCGGCAUUCCACCGGCUCCCAAGGGCAUUCCUCAAAUCGAAAUUACCUUCGACAUUGAUGCCGACGGUAUUGUCAACGUUUCUGCCAAGGACAAGGCUACCAACAAGGAUCAGUCCAUGACCAUCGCCUCUUCCUCCGGUCUCAGUGAAAAGGAUAUCGAGAAGAUGGUCUCUGAUGCCGAGCAGUACGCUGAGACAGACAAGCUCCGCAAGAACUUGAUUGAGGAAGCCAACAAGGCCGACUCUGUUUGCGCUGAUACUGAGAAGGCUAUGAAUGAGUUCAAGGACCAGAUCGAUAAAGCUGAACAGGAGAAGGUCGCUAAGCUCAUCACAGAGCUGCGAGAGCUUGCUGUCAAGGGACAGGCUGCUGAUCCCUCCGUUGAUGCUGAGACCAUUCGGCUGAAGAUCAACGAGACACAACAGGCGUCCCUGGGUCUCUUCAGCAAGGUGUACGAGAAGCGCAACGCUGAGGAGAACGCGUCGUCAUCUUCGUCAGAACCUGAGCCUGAGAAGAAAGACUAAACCUGACUCUCCCUCUCUUUCCUCUCAUUCUGCCCUUGCCAUUUCUCGUUUAUUUACAGGCAUCUUAGACAAAAGUACUUCGUUUACAUUAUUCUAGUGUUGCUCUUGCUAUUCGCCCCCCCACUCAACUGUUAUUGCUCGCAUUACUCUUAUCUUGGUAUUACAACCAUACACCGCAUUGUACUUUAUGAAUACAUGUCAUGACAUUCAUUCAGGAUAUGUAGACAAGCUGGUGUUGGGUAACGCGACCAAUGUAUUAUUAGGACGAGCUCUAUGUAUCAACAGGACUUCUAUGCCGCAACAACCAUUGCAGUUGGUUGACUAGUUUAUCACAAAAUUUUUUACGGAUUUUUUUAACCCUC